UGCGCGGCGGGCGGGUGUGGUUGCUGCUGCUAUAGCACGAAGUGCGAGGAAGCGGGGAUAGCGCGCUACCCUUGACAACCGCCGGAAGCAGCUGACCCGGCUGCAGGUGUGCGGCCGGCUGGCAGACCUGUGAGUGAGAGUGCGUCAGUGAGGCAGCGCCAUGUUGGGCUGGCUGCUGUCGGUGCCGCUGGCGGUGGCCCGCUGGCUGCUGUCACCGAUUCCGCUUGCGGUUCUGGUGGUCACCCUCGUGUACGCCUACUUUAGGUACACCAAAGACUUCGACUUCUGGCCCUCACGCGGCGUGCCUGGGCCGAAGGCUACACUGCCCUGGGGAAACGAGUAUGGGAUGCCGUUCAUGGCGCCGAUGGUCGAGUUCGAGCAGUGGCUCUACAGCGAGCACGGCGGCAAGAAGUACUGCGGCUACAUGGAGAUGAACCGGCCGGUGCUCUUCGUCGGCGACCCUGACCUGAUCCGGGCCAUCAGUAUCAAGGACUUCGAGUACUUCUCCGACCGACGAGACUUUGGCGAAUUAGAAGAUAUGAAGGGAGCUCUGAGCGCCGUCAACGGGGAACUGUGGAAGAGCACACGAGCCGUCAUGUCGCCCACGUUCUCCGCCAGCAAGAUGAAGGCCAUGCACCAGCUGACGCUAGACAACGCUACCAACCUGAACAAGUAUGUGCUGGAAGACAUGCAGGAGAAGGGGGAGGUGGAGAUGAAGGACGCAUUCGGGCGAUAUACUAUGGACAACAUCGCCUCCUGCGCCUUCGGCGUUAACUGCAACUCUUUCGUUGACCCGAACACUAAAUUUGCAACGAACGCCGCAAAGUUGUUCAGUCCUGGGAUGCUUGGAAUGCUCCGUAGCAUUGCAAUGUUAACCAUCCCGCGCUCAAUUGCUUCAAAAAUCCCUAACCCGGACAAGGAAGUGUAUCAGUUUUUCGGAGACGUCAUCAACACAACCAUCGCUCAUCGGGAGAAGCACCCAACGUCCCUGCGAGACUUCCUGCAGCUGCUACUGGACACCAAGGACAAGGACGGCAAUCGCGUGCUCAGCACCACCAGCAUUGUCAGUCAGUCGGUGCUCUUCUUCUUCGCCGGGUACGACACGACGGCCACGCUAUUGACGUUCGCUGCUUACUGCCUGGCCACCAGUCCCGAGGUGCAGCGUCAGGCGCAGCAGGAGGUGGACGAUGUUGUAACCAACCACGGCGGUCAGCUGACGUACGACGCCGUGAUGGAGAUGUCCUACAUGGACCGGGUGCUGUCCGAGACGCUGCGCAUGUACCCACCAGCCACGCGGAUCGAGCGCUUAUCGACCAAGGACUACACUCUGCCCGGUACGAACGUCCACCUGCCCAAGGGCACGCUGGUGCAGAUACCGGUAUUCGUGCUCCACCGUGACCCGGACCACUACCCGGAUCCGCUGCGCUUCGACCCGGACCGCUUCCUGCCCGAGGAGAAGGAGAAGCGUCACCCGUGCGCCUACAUACCGUUCGGUGUCGGACCGCGUAACUGUAUCGCCAUGCGGUUUGCACUGUUCGAGGCGAAGGUGGCGCUGGCGACACUGCUCCGAAAGGGCACGCUGCUGCCGACGGAGAAGACGCCUCCACCUCCCCUUCCGCUUGACAAGAAGACGUUUAUCACCGCGCCUGAGGGCAAGAAACUGCAUUUGAAGGUGGAACUGAGAGCCAGUGACGACUAGGGUCAGUAAUGACCUCGCAGCAGUGUCAGUCCAACGA